ACAUCCCCGUUUUCCCGCGUAAACAUUCAGUUUGUUUGAUGCAUCGCAGUUCGGAUCUAGAUUUUACUACUUUCUCCGUUUAGUUGACACGAAGAUAAGGUUUUAAAGGAGAAUCUAGUGAAAAUAGUUUCCAUAAUGCCUGUACAUUUUAAUACAGUCGACAAUGCUGCCACAAAGCUGCAAAAAGUCAAGGAGUUUAUAGAUAAUGGUAUGGGAGCCACGCUAGACGUAGCACUGGAUAUAGAAGAAAGAAAGGAAGGAAGUGAACAAGUAAAGGAACUUCACGAUGCUAUGGUACAGUACGCUCAGAUGGAGAGAGAAGUAGGCCAGUGGAUGGAGGCUUUAGAUAAGACUAAAGCUGAGUUUAGUAAGCUGAAUAGUUCAUCAAAUGAUGAGGUCCCAGACAUAGAGGCAAUCUUUAAUGACAAGCUGGCUGCGCUUGAAGCAAAAAAUACAAAUUCAGAUCUAAUGGACCACAAGAAAGUUAAGAAUUUCCAGUCGCAAAUUUGGAAAGUCCAUCAUGAAGGCCAGCCACUGCCAAGUCAAAGUGAUGAUGCUGAUAAAGUCGCAGAAGAUGCUGAUUUGAUUAUGUCUCAGGCUACAGAGAGAACCACUUGCCCAAUCACUACUGUGGAAAUGAAGAAACCUAUGCGACAUAAAAAGUGUGGCCACAAUUAUGAAAAGGAAGCAAUAAUUCAGCAUAUCAAGAGGGCAGUAAGUAAAGGAAGAGCCAAAUGCCCCAUUGCAGGAUGUGUGCACUUCGUUACAAAGAAUGACUUGGAACCCAAUACUGAGCUGGAACGUAUUAUCAGCAGAAAAAACAGAAAGAAGUAAUCGAAUUGGAACAAAAAACCUUAUGUUACCACCAAAGUAAUUGAAUUGGAACAAAAAACAUGUUACAACCAAAGUAAUUGAAUUGGAACAAAAAACAUGUUACAACCAAAGUAAUUGAAUUGGAAUGAAAAAUGUUAUGUUAGACCAACCCAAUACUGAACUGGAACAUAUUAUCAGCAGGAAAAACAGAAAGAAGUAAUUAAAUUGGAAAGAAAAAUGUUAUGUUAUGAAACCAGAGACUUAUCUAUGAAAGCUUGGUUAUCAGCAGGAAUAUCAGAGACAUGGAUUAAAAGAAUGUACUGAGUUAUGUUUGAUAAUCAGAAGAAUAAUGUUAUCAGGGUAGAAAUCUGCAAUGUGAAAUACUUUCUUUGUUACGAAAAACAAUACAGUAUAUUAUUUAUUACUGUGCUCAUUUGAAGAACAUUUCACAAGUUAAAAAAAUGCUGUUUAAUGCCAGCAAAAUCCCUGGAUAAUAUGUUUAAGUGAUUCAAGCCUCGGCUUCUCUGAACGAAAAUUAUGAAAGAAAAAAUAAAGUGUAAGAUUUUU